AUGACGGACCAGCUUCAGCAACCACAGCAGCCUGACGCAAGGCCGGAAACUCGCGUCUGGCUCAUCAGCUCUGCGUUUGGCUCCCUUGGCUAUGCGGUUGCCCAGGAGGCACUGAAACUAGGCGACUACGUUGUUGCUGGGUGUAAGCGUGAGGAGAUUGAACUCGAGCGACGCACCAGUACAGCUCAAAACGACGGGUCCAGGGAAGAUUCUGAGGAUGAAAGUCGCAGUAUACAGUAUUUGAAGAGGAUUGGGGGCGACUCGUGCAUUAUUGUGGAAUUGGAUACCCGGAACAUAUCAUUAUGCCAAUCUGCCCUUGCUGAAGCGAUCAAUGUAUGGGGUCGCAUCGAUGUGAUCCUCAACUGCGACUCUAAAAGCACUCUAGAAGAGCUUAACCCUACGCACAUCCUCGACCAGUUUGAGUCCAACUUUUUCGGCCCGAUUAAUAUGAUGAAAUCGGCAUUGCCAUUCCUGAGGAAACAACGUGGCGGACACAUCGUGAAUGUUACCGGAUUGACUGGUCACAUGGGGACUCCUGGAUUGUCGGCUAGAUGUGCCAGUGAUCAUGCAUUAGAGGGGUUUACUGAUGCGUUGGCGUAUGAGAUUGCGCCCUUCAACAUCAAAGUCAGCAUAGUGCAACCGCCAUUAGAAGUGAAUGUUCUUCUAUCACCUCUCCACCUACAACCUUCAUCACAGCAAGCAUACAAUGACCCAACACACCCCUUCAGGAAUAUGGCCAAUAUUCUCUCCUUACCCCCACCCCCAGAACAUAUAAUGUCGGAAACAGUAUCGAUAAUUUUGCAUAUUGCGGCGCUGGAGAACCCACCGGGUAGGAUUGUGGUUGGGAAUGAGGGUAUAGAACAGGUAAAGGACAGAGUAAAGACAGUAUCGGAAGAACUAGAAGAAUUUUUAGAGGCGAGUUUGGGGGCGGAUAUACCUAAGGAGUGA